CUGAGGCGGGACCCUGGAGGGGAAGGGCACAAAGCUGCUGUCUUCAGGGCCUCUGAGCCGAGAAUCACAGAGAACUCUGCACAUGCCCUGGACCACCCGGAUUGUGGGAGGGAAGGAGGACAGCCAGCCAGCCAGGGGGCUGUGCUCAGCUUGCGAAGGGUUAAAUGGAACAGAGCCGGAGUCCUAGAGAGGACAGGAAGUGGAGAGGCGGGGCGGGUCCUCCAGAGCCGAAUCCCCUCCCUCCGUGCCCAGUCCCGUCUUCUGUCUCUUGUCUCCUCCCCGCGCUGCCUCGGUUUCCCUCCUGGGAAGAAUCGGGACCCUGCAGCUUGUGGUGGCUUCUCAACUCCUCAGGAAGGAUGAAAGAGACUGAACCUGUAAACCUAGCGAGGAUGGAAGGGGGAAGAUGGACAGUUGACCUGGUCAGGUUGUCUCCUGCAUCCCUCCUCACAGCCUCUGAGCAUUUCCUCCCAGGGACCUCCAAGAGAUCUGAUGGUGAUCAAUUGGAAGGGAAGAACAAGGGGGACCACAACAGUAUCCACAUUGUGGAGAAGUCAACUAAAUAUUCAGGGUGUGGAGAGAACAUCCAUCAGAGCUCCCAGUCCACCUCCCAUCAAAGAAAGAGCUUCAUUUGGAGGGAUAGCCUUAAUUCACACAAAAGAACUCACAGUGGAGAGAAAUUGUAUCAGUGCUUGGAAUGUGGAAAGAGCUUCACUCGGAAGGAUAGUCUCACUUCACAUCACAGAAUUCAUACAGGGGAGAAACCCUAUCCGUGCUUGGAAUGUGGAAAGAGCUUCAGUCAACGUUCCCAUCUAACUUCCCAUCGAAAAGUUCAUACGGGGGAGAAACCCUAUCAGUGCUUCGAAUGUGGAAAGAGCUUCCAGAAUGGGGCCGGGCUCACUUUCCAUCAAAGAAUUCAUACAGGGGAGAAACCACAUCAGUGCUUGGAAUGUGGAAAAAGCUUCAGCCAGGCGAUCCAUCUCACUACCCAUCAAAGAAUUCAUACAGGGGAGAAACCCUAUCAGUGCUUAGAAUGCGGAAAGAGCUUCACUCAAAGUUCCAAUCUAACUUCCCAUCAAAGAGUCCAUACAGGGGAGAAAGGCUAUCAGUGCUUGAAAUGUGGGAAGAGCUUCAGUACCAGACAGAGUCUCACUUCCCAUAACAGAAUUCAUACAGGGGAGAAACCCUAUCAGUGCUUAGAAUGUGGAAAGAGCUUCAGUCACAGACAAAAUCUCACUUCCCAUAACAGAAUUCAUAAAGGGGAGAAACCAUAUAAGUGUUUGGAAUGUGGAAAGAGCUUCCGGGAGGGGUACAAGCUCACUUCCCAUCAAAGAAUUCAUACAACGGAGAAACCUUAUCAGCGUUUGGAGUGUGGGAAUAGCUUCAGGCACAGGCAGGGUCUCACUUUGCAUCAACCAAAUCAUACCAGGGAAAACCCCCAUAAAUGCUUGAAAUGUGGAAAGAGCUUCAGUCGGAAGAGCACUCUCACUAGACAUCAAAGAAUUCAUACAGGGGAGAAACCAUAUCCAUGCCUGGAAUGUGGAAAGAGCUUCCGGGAGAGGACCAACCUCACAUACCAUCAAAGAGUCCAUACAGGGGAGAAACCCUAUCAGUGCUUGGAAUGUGGAAAGAGCUUCCGGGAGAGGACCAAGCUCACAAAGCAUAAAAGAGUCCAUACAGGGGAGAAACCCUACCAGUGCUUAGAAUGUGGAAAGAGCUUCAGUGAGAGGGUGCAGCUCACUUCCCAUCACAGAAUUCAUACAGGGGAGAAACCAUAUCCAUGCCUGGAAUGUGGAAAGAGCUUCCGUUACAGGAAGAGUCUUACUUUGCAUCAAAAAGUUCAUACAGGGGAGAAACCCUAUCAGUGCUUCAAAUGUGGAAAGAGCUUUCGUCACAGUUCCGGGCUCACUACCCAUCAAAGAAUUCAUACAGGGGAGAAACCCUAUCAGUGCUUAGAAUGCGGAAAGAGCUUCAGGGAGGGGACCAACCUCACAUCCCAUCAAAGAGUCCAUACAGGGGAGAAACCCUAUCGGUGCUUAGAAUGUGGAAAGAGCUUCAGUCACAGACAGAGUCUCACUUCCCAUAACAGAAUUCAUACAGGGGAGAAACCCUAUCAGUGCUUAGAAUGCGGAAAGAGUUUCAGUCAAAGUUCCCGUCUAACUUCUCAUCAAAGAGUCCAUACAGGGGAGAAACCCUAUCAGUGCUUAGAAUGUGGAAAGAGCUUUCGUCAGAGAGGUGACCUCACUUUACAUCAAAGAGUCCAUACAGGGGAGAAACCCUAUCAGUGCUUGGAAUGUGGAAAGAGCUUCCGGGAGAGGACCAAGCUCACAAAGCAUAAAAGAGUUCAUACAGGGGAGAAACCCUACCAGUGCUUAGAAUGUGGAAAGAGCUUCAGUGAGAGGGUGCAGCUCACUUCCCAUCACAGAAUUCAUACAGGGGAGAAACCAUAUCCAUGCCUGGAAUGUGGAAAGAGCUUCCGUUACAGGCAGAGUCUUACUUCGCAUCGAAAAGUUCAUACGGGGGAGAAACCCUAUCAGUGCUUCGAAUGUGGAAAGAGCUUUCGUCUGAGUAGUAGUCUCACUUCCCAUCAAAGAAUUCAUACAGGGGAGAAACCACAUCAGUGUUUGGAAUGUGGGAAAAGCUUCAGCCGGGUGAUCCAUCUCACUACCCAUCAAAGAAUUCAUACAGGGGAUAAACCCUUUGAAUGCCAUGAGUGUGGAAAGAGCUUUAGUCACCGUUCCACUCUCACUUCCCAUCAAAGAAUUCAUACAGGGGAUAAACCCUUUCAAUGCCAUAAGUGUGGAAAGAGCUUUCGUCAAUGUUCCACUCUCACUUUCCAUCAAAGAAUUCAUACAGGGGAGAAACCUUUUCAAUGCCAUAAGUGUGGAAAGAGCUUUCGUCACCGUUACACUCUCACUUUCCAUCAAAGAAUUCAUAAAGGGGAGAAACCAUAUCAGUGUUUGGAAUGUGGAAAGCGCUUCCGGGAGCGAGCCAAGCUCACUUCCCAUCAAAGAAUUCAUACAGGGGAGAAACCCUUUCAAUGCCAUGAGUGUGGAAAGAGCUUUCGUCAUAGUUCCAAUCUCAUUUUACAUCAAAGAAUUCAUAAAGGGGAGAAACCAUAUAAGUGUUUGGAAUGUGGAAAGAGCUUCUGGGAGGGGGCCAAGCUCACUUCCCAUCAAAGAAUUCACACAGGGGAGAAACCCUUUCAAUGCCAUGAGUGUGGAAAGAGCUUUAGUCACAGUUCCUAUCUCAUGACCCAUCAAAGAACUCAUACAGGGGAGAAACCCUUUCAAUGCCUUGAGUGUGGAAGGAGCUUUCGUCACAGUUCCAGUCUCACUUCCCAUCAAGGAAUUCAUAAAGGGGAGAAACCCUAUCAGUGCUUAGAAUGCGGAAAGAGCUUUAAUCGGAAGGAUGGUCUCAGUAUCCAUCAAAGAAUUCAUACAGGGGAGAAACCUUUUCAAUGCCUUGAGUGUGGAAAGAGCUUUCGUCACAGUUCCGGUCUCACUUCCCAUCAAAGAAUUCAUACAGGGAAGAAACCCUAUCAAUGCUUAGAAUGCGGAAAGAGCUUCAGUCAAAGUUCCAAUCUAACUAGCCAUCAUAGAGUUCAUACAGGCGAGAAAUCCUAUCAGUGCUUGAAAUGUGGGAAGAGCUUCAGUCACAGAGAGAUUCUCACUUGCCAUCAAAGAAUUCAUACAGGGGAGAAACCCUAUCAGUGCUUGGAAUGUGGAAAGCGCUUUAGUCAAAGUGCACAUCUCACUUCCCAUCAAAUAAUUCAUACAGGGAAGAAACCCUAUGAGUGCUUAAAGUGUGGAAAGAGCUUUUGUCGGAAGGAUGGUCUCACUUCCCAUAACAGAAUUCAUACAGGGGAGAAACCCCAUCAGUGCUUGGAAUGUGGAAAGAGCUUUCGUCAGAGAGGUAAUCUCACUUCCCAUCAAAGAGUCCAUACAGGCGAGAAACCAUAUCAGUGCUUGGAAUGUGGAAAGAGCUUUCGUCAGAGAGGUGAUCUCACUUCCCAUCAAAGAAUCCAUACAGGCGAGAAACCAUAUCCAUGCCUGGAAUGUGGAAAGAGCUUCGGGUAUAUGCAGUGUCUUAGUUUGCAUCAAAAACUUCAUACGGGGGAGAAACCAUAUCAGUGCUUUGAAUGUGGAAAGAGCUUCAGCCAGGUGGCCCAUCUCACUUCCCAUCAAAGAAUUCAUACAGGAGAGAAACCAUAUCAAUGCUUAAAAUGUGGGAAGAGCUUCAGUCUCAGGCACAAUCUCACUUUGCACCAAAGAAUUCAUACAGGAGAGAAACCAUAUCAAUGCUUAAAAUGUGGGAAGAGCUUCAGUAUCAGGCACAAUCUCACUUUGCACGAAAGAAUUCAUACAGGAAGGAAACCCUAUCAGUGCUUGGAAUGUGGAAAGAGCUUUCGUCACAGUUCCACUCUCACUUUCCAUCAAAGAAUUCAUACAGGGGAGAAACCCUUUCAAUGCCUUGAGUGUGGAAAGAGCUUUCGUCACAGUUCCAGUUUCACUUCCCAUCAAAGAAUUCAUACAGAGAAGAAACCCUAUCAAUGCUUAGAAUGCGGAAAGAGCUUUCGUCACAGUUCCACUCUCACUUUCCAUCAAAGAAUUCACCCAGGGGAGAAGCCCUAUCAGUGCUUGGAAUGUGGAAAGAGCUUUCGUCAAAGUGCACAUCUCACUUCCCAUCAAAGAGUCCAUACAGGGGAGAAACCAUAUCAGUGCUUGGAAUGUGGAAAGCGCUUUAAAUGGGAGGAUGGUCUCACUUCCCAUCACAGAAUUCAUACAGGGGAGAAACCCUAUCUGUGCUUGGAAUGCGGAAAGAACUUCAGUCAGAGGGUGAAACUCACUUCCCAUCAAAGAAUUCAUACAGGGGAGAAACCCCAUCAGUGUUUGGAAUGUGGAAAGAGCUUCAGACAGGCGAUCCAUCUCACUACCCAUCAAAGAAUUCAUACAGGGGAGAAACCGUUUCAAUGCCAGGAGUGUGGAAAGAGCUUCAGCCAGGGGAUACAUCUAACUUCCCAUCAAAGAAUUCAUACAGGUCAGAAACCAUACCAGUGCUGUGAAUGUGGGAAAAACUUCAGUCAAAGCAGCCAUCUCAAGACCCAUCAAAGAAUUCACACAGGGGUGAAACGCUAUCAGUGCUUGGAAUGUGGGAAGAGCUUCAGUCUCAGGCAGAGUCUCACUUCCCAUCAAAGAAUUCAUACAGGGGACAAACCUUUUCAAUGCCAUGAGUGUGGAAAGAGCUUUCGUCACAGUUGCAGUCUCACUUCCCAUCAAAGAAUUCAUACAGGGGAGAAACCCUAUAAGUGCUUGGAAUGUGGAAAGAGCUUCAAUCGGAAUGAUAGUCUCACUUCCCAUCAAAGAAUUCAUACAAAGGAAAAACCCUAUCAAUGCUUGAAAUGUGGAAAGAGCUUCAAUCGAAAGCAUCAUCUCACUUUGCAUCAAAGAAUUCAUACAGGGGAGAAACCAUAUCCAUGCCUGGAAUGUGGAAAGAGCUUCCGUUACAGGAAGAGUCUUACUUUGCAUCAAAAAGUUCAUACAGGGGAGAAACCCUAUCAGUGCUUAGAAUGUGGAAAGAGCUUUCGUCACAGUUCCAAUCUAACUAGCCAUCAUAGAGUUCAUACAGGCGAGAAAUCCUAUCAGUGCUUGAAAUGUGGGAAGAGCUUCAGUCAGAGACAGAGUCUCAAUUCCCAUAACAGAAUUCAUACAGGGGAGAAACCCUAUCCAUGCUUGGAAUGCGGAAAGAGCUUCAGUCAAAGUUCUCAUCUAACUUCCCAUCAAAGAGUCCAUACAGGGGAGAAACACUACCAGUGCUUAGAAUGUGGAAAGAGCUUUCGUCACAGUUCCAGUCUCACUUCCCAUCAAGGAAUUCAUACAGGGGAGAAACCCUAUCAGUGCUUAGAAUGCGGAAAGACCUUCAGUCAAAGUUCCAAUCUAACUAUGCACCAUAGAGUUCAUACACAGGAGAAAUCCUAUCAGUGCUUGAAAUGUGGGAAGAGCUUCAGUCACAGACAGAGUCUCACCUCCCAUAACAGAAUUCAUACAGGGGAGAAACCCUAUCCGUGCUUGGAAUGCGGAAAGAGCUUUCGUCAGAGAGGUGACCUCACUUUACAUCAAAGAGUACAUACAGGGGAGAAACCCUAUCAGUGCUUAGAAUGUGGAAAGAGCUUUCGUCAGAGAGGUGACCUCACUUUACAUCAAAGAGUCCAUACAGGGGAGAAACCCUAUCAGUGCUUGGAAUGUGGAAAGAGCUUCCGGGAGAGGACCAACCUCACAAAGCAUAAAAGAGUCCAUACAGGGGAGAAACCCUAUCAGUGCUUGGAAUGUGGAAAGAGCUUCAGUGAGAGGGUGCAGCUCACUUCCCAUCACAGAAUUCAUACAGGGGAGAAACCAUAUCCAUGCCUGGAAUGUGGAAAGAGCUUCCGUUACAGACAGAGUCUUGCUUCGCAUCAAAAGGUUCAUACGGGGGAGAAACCCUAUCAGUGCUUUGAAUGUGGAAAGAGCUUCCGGGAGGGGGCCAAGCUCACUUCCCAUCAAAAAAUUCAUACAGGGGAGAAAACAUAUCAGUGUUUGGAAUGUGGAAAGAGCUUCAGCCAGGGGAUCCAUCUCACUACCCAUCAAAGAAUUCAUACAGGGGAUAAACCUUUUCAAUGCCAUGAGUGUGGAAAGAGCUUUCGUCACAGUUCCACUCUCACUUUUCAUCAAAGAAUUCAUACAGGGGAGAAACCUUUUCAAUGCCAUGAGUGUGGAAAGAGCUUUGGUCACAGUUCCUAUCUCAUGACCCAUCAAAGAACUCAUACAGGGGAGAAACCAUAUCAAUGCUUGAAAUGUGGGAAGAGCUUCAGUCACAGACAGAGUCUCACUUCCCAUCAAAGAAUUCAUACAGAGGGGAAACCAAUAAGGAAAAAUAAUAACACAAACAUUAUUGAACAACCCUUACAAAACACAUUUGUAUAGAAAAGAGAAAGGGCGGGGGAUAAUAACUAAAAAUACCCUUUAUCACAUUUGUAUCAUAUAUAUCAUAUCAUUUGUCAACACAUAGAAAGGCAGGCUCCCCCAGCUCUCCCCUGGGUGCCCCCCCUUCUCCCCAUCUCCCACCCUGAGUGAUCGUUCCUCUAUAGCAGUAAUUAUUCAGAAUAUGCACUCCAGGAUAAACCCAGCUGUAUUUAGUAUCCAGUAUUUAUUUCUACCAGUCCUUGGUGAAUCUCUGGUCUCUUUGAUUCCUGAUUCUCCCUGUUAGCCUGUUCAUUUCUGCGUAUUCCAUCAAUUUCAUUCUCCAUUCUUCUCUCGUGAGCAUUUCUUCCUGUUUCCACUUCUGCGCCAGCAAAAUUCUGGCUGCUGUAACUGCAUACAAAACUAAUUUCACAUCUUUUUUACUAAUUUCAUUACCCAAUAAUCCCAAUAGAAAAGCUUCUGGUUUUUUAACAAAUGUAUAUUUCAACAUUUUCUUUAACUCAUUAUAAAUCAUCUCCCAGAAACUUUUCACCUUCUUACAUUCCCACCACAUAUGGUAAAAUAUUCCUACUGUCUCCUGACAUUUCCAACAUUUAUUACAAACUUUAUACAUUUUACCCAAUUUUACAGGUGUUAUAUACCAUCUGUAUAACAUCUUCAUAACAUUUUCCUUAAUCGUAGUACAUGCUGUAAUUUUUAAACCAUCCUUCCAAAGCUGUAUUUAGUAUCCAGACUUGUUCCUCCCCUUCAGCAAGAUGGCACUUUCCCUACAUUCCACCCCCCCAGCCCAGCCUUCAAAUUUUAACCACUCAGACAGUGCAAUAUGACUCUUAUAAUGAUCAUCUAAUAAUACAAAUUAGUAUUUCUCCAGUUUUUAGGUCCAGUUUCUAUAAAGCCUUAUUAAAACUGUUCCAACAAGUCUCAGUCAAGUCACAGUCCAAAAUUAUUGUCUCUUUCAAUGUUCAUCCAAUCCUGCUUCCUCUUCUUUUACUAAUCUUCUUUCCUAAUCCACUGGGGGUGGGGAAGAAUGCAUAUUAAAUCCCUUUCCUCAUACGAGAUCAUAGCUUGUGUUAUGAACAGUUUCAGGAGUUGCACUGCAUCCCCUUUUGCUGGAUGUACAUUUUUCUCUGCCAAUAAUUCCCACACCAGCUCAUCCCAACGCAGCCUUGUCUUUCCAUGGAGCUCUUUCUCUCUCCUCCUGUUCUUCCUUCACCUGCUCAACAGAACCUUCUGCCACUCCCAGCGACUCCUUUCCAACGACUCCCAGCUUAUGACCCACACAUUCACCUCAGUCUCUCUUUCUGGGACCCGUCUUGGUCUUCAAUGUAAAGGCGCUCCAUGUCUGGAUGGGGAGCAGAGCUGCAGAAGCUUGUUUGGAGUGGAUGCUUGGAGUGGAUGCAUCUGGUUCUCCAUAAAUCAGGCAGAGGCAAAUUUCAUUGGCAAAAGAAGAACUUUCUACUAAAGGUUUUUCAGCUUCGUUACAGAAAAAAGCUACAGGAGACUUCGCAGAUGUGAAAGUUAGAAAAUGAAAGUAAGAAAGAGAAACUAGCCCACUGAGCUCACAGAUUUAUCUUUCUGGCUCUGUGUGACCUUGAGAUAACAAAACGCAAAUCAUAAUAAAUCCAGCUGCCUCAGCAGAAAAGAACAAAACCUUCUGGAAGGAACCAGUGUUUUCCAGUAUUUUCCGGUUUCUCCUCUCAGGAUUUUAGCCAUGACAUUUUGUCCCACUGCCAGAAAAGCAUCUUUAGCUCCCUAGUUUCUGUGGCAACAAUUUGACUCAAGUUUCCAUCACAGAAUCGUAGAAUGGGAGAGUCGGAAGUGUGGGGAUGUUUAGGGAGGCAGGAGAAGGAUAUAUUGUUUACUAAUAUCCUUCCUAACUUGCAUUAGCCAGUUCUAUAACUUAGCAGAGUUCCAAACAUUCCCCUUUUUAAAUUUGCACGGUGGUUAGCUUGUUGCAGGCUUGCUUAAGCCUCUUUAAAUAUAGGAUUCCUGGUAAGAUCCCUUCUACUCCCUCAUAAAAAGACACAACACAAUCUUGCUAAAGUCAAUA